CUCGGACAGGAACGAUGGCGGCCAACGAAUCUCUAGUUCUGCAGACGCUCAGUAAAAAACGCCUUGAAUAGGCGGUGUUCAUACAUUUUAGUUGAAUAUAUUAAUGUUUGAGUCAUAGUUAUAAUUACCAUCUGGCAACAUUGAUGACCCCCGGCUAUAGCGUCAAUCGGUUUGAUUAUUUCUCAGGUAGUGGAUUGUCAGGAUGGCAACAGGUGGGGCUUCAUUUGACUGUGCUGAUGAACAGGAGUUGCCCAACUGGACUGUUGGAAAUGGAGCCCUGGAUGACAGACUAAACAAUAUGGACUGGGGUGUUACGCAGAAGAAGGCCAAUAGGACAUCUGAGAAAAACAAGAAGAAGUUUGGUGUGGAAAGUAGGCUGACCAACGACAUCUCCCCAGAGUCCAGUCCAGGGGUGGGACGCAGGCGGGCGCGUACUCCUCACUCCUUCUCCCAUGUGAAAUAUGCCACUCAGAUGUCUGUCCCAGAGCAGGCUGAUCUGGAGAGACUCAGGCAGAGGAUAAACUUCACUGACUUAGAUGAGAGGAGCAUCGGAAGUGAUUCUCAAGGCCGAGUCACAGCCGCAAAUAACCAAAGGCAACUUGCAGAAAAUAAAAAGGCCUUUCUACCAUUACAUGUCAAUACUAAUAAAAGCAAAGAGCUGGCUGCAUCCGCCUUGGCCAGUGAAGACAAUAAAAAACAGACCCCUGGUCGGGACAUCUUUGCUAGUGUGCUAAGCAAGGAUGCUUUUCAGACUGACUGGACAUCUUUGCUUGAAGGACAAGGAGGAGAAUCAGGCAUUGACAGUAGCCAGGUUGUCAGCAAGCUUGUUCAAAUUAGGGAAUAUAUUGCCAAGGCCUGCUGCAUGCGAGAUGACCUGUUGGAAAAAAAUGAUAUCCCAGCCAAUGUUGAGCGUUUAGCACAUCUAAUAGAUCACCUAAAGGAGCAGGAAAAAUCUUGCUUGAGAUUUCUACAAAAGCUGUUGGCAAGAGAGAAUGAUGAAGAUGACAUUGGCACCAUAGAUUCAGCGGUUGGGUCAGGCUCUGUUGCUGAGAGCACAUCUCUGAACAUAGAGGUGCAGUCCGAGGCCUCAGAUGCCACAGAGGUAUCUCAAAUUGUGAGAUAUCGACCCCGCAUUGAGGACAAACUAGGGAAGCCAACAUCCCCAGAACAGGGUUCUCACUAUGAUGUUACGGCAGCACCAGCCCUCAGUGACAGGGCGGUAUGGCCUGAUAGGAUUGUUAGCCAGCAUCUUGGAAAGGGCCGGGAUCUGCACGGAGAGGCAAAGGAGGAGCUAGAGAAUCUGCGCAAGCAGCACGCCCUGCUGAAGAGGAUGCUGCAGCAGCAGGAGCAGCUCAGGGCCCUGCAGGGGAGACAGGCCGCACUGCUGGCCAUGCAGCAGAAGGCCGAGCAGGCCAUCGCAGUCAUGGAUGACACCGUCAUUACUGAAACAACAGGCAGUGUCUCUGGAAUCAGCAUCACCUCUGAGCUAAAUGAAGAGUUAAAUGAUUUAAUUCAACGGUUUCACAACCAGCUGCAUGAUUCACAGACAAAGGCAGUCCCAGACAACAGAAGGCAAGCAGAAAGCUUGUCUCUCACCAGAGAGGUCUCCAGAAGCAGGAGCCUUCCUGGGCCUGAGCCCACUGCUCCUGCUAACGUGCAGCGCACCAAGCUACAAGAACUCCAGGACAAGAAACAAACCAUGGACAAAAUAUUGCAGGAGCUUCACACACUAAGAGACCACACUUUAAACAACAGUUCCUGUCAGCGAGUGGAGCCCUCAUCACAGCGCAGCCCGGGUCAAAGAGCCAUGCUGCCUGGUGCAACCGCAGGACGAUCCGCAGCCCUCAACCGAGUGGCCAACAGCCGUGCAGCCGCCCGGCUGGACUCCUCUACCUCCCAGCACGACACUGAGGCACAGAACAUCCACCCUGCUGAGAAACUCCGGAAACUGAAAGAGGUUCAUAAGAGGCUGAACGAGCUGCGGGAGCUGGUGCACUACUAUGAGCAAACCUCGGACAUGAUGGUGGACACGGUCAAUGAGAACAAAGAUGAGGAUGAGGAAACUGAGGAGGAAUCCAUUUUUGAGCCCCUAUUUGAUUCCGAACAGGAGAAUCCAGAGCCCAUCACAAAUAUAAGGAAUCCACAGCAUCCUAGAAACUGGAUGGACAUGAAUAGCUUGACCAAUGCUCACAGCACCAGCAACAGAGAUGGAAGGCUGAACACUGAGCACGAGAUCAACAACCGCGCUGCAGCUAACCUCAGAAGUCUAAAUAUCCCAUCUGCAAUUGAGUGUCAGUACAACCGGGAUCACCCCCGCAAUGAGGUGAGGGAUAACAGCGAUGAAGAAGGACUGGGGGAUGAAGAAGAGGCUCAAAGGAGAGAGGGGGCGAACAGCUCUGCGUCCAGCCGCAGAAGCAGCCAGGAGGAAGACCCCGAGUUUAUGCAGAAGGUCCACAGGCUGCGCUCUGCCAAGGAGAAGCUUCGACACCUGCAGCAGCUGGUAGCCAUGGUGCAGAGUGAUGACACUGAUGGGGCAACUGCCAACGCCUCCAGUGUAGCAGAGGAUGAGGGACUGAACCAGCAACCCAACAACACCAGAGCUGCUGUUCCCAAGUCUCAGAGGGAUGUUGCUCUCACAGAGAAAGCAAGAGAGAAGUUUUAUGAGGCUAAGCUGAAACAGCAGCAGCAGGAGCUGAGACAGCUGCACAACGAGCGGCAGCGUCUAAUGGAGAUCAAGGGCGAGAUCCAGGACCUCCAGUGGGCCUGUCCCGAUCUGCAGUUAUCUGGGGCUAGUAUCAGUCAGCGUGGGCCGGAAAAGGCUCCUGCUGCAACAUCAACCCCUGCAGUUAACAUCAAUGGAGCCAUGCUGAACCGCACAGUGGAGCCCUCCGCAACAUCUGCCCCUGACAAUAAGCUGUGGUCAGAGAUGCACCGACACCAGAUCCUGCGGGAGCACCUGAGACAAAGGAGGAAGCAGCUUGAAUCUUUAAUGGAGGAGCAUCAGAGGCGAAAAGUACUGAAUGACACUUCCAACAAUCGAGAUAGCGUGAAGCAGCCGGUCUCAGAGCUGAGCAGAGAUGAAAGGACAAUGGAUACGUGGGGAGUGUCCCUGCAACCCCCCCUUGAUCAGUAUGAAGAUAGCGUCCUCUUGGACAUGGGAGCUGGAGUGGAGGAGGAGGAGGAGGAAGUGGACACCAGCUCAAGUGAAGAAUUCCACAAAUUUUCCAGCCGGAAGCAUAGAUCUCAUGGUGCCAGGAAAUCUAGAGAGAGCUGCCGGAAGACCCUCCACCUGAAUUCUGUGAGUAGCAACAUGCGGCCCUCACCAAGAUCCAAGCAGCAGCAGCAGAACGUCAGCAUGCGGCGUCAGGAAAACUUGCGCUGGGCCUCGGAGCUGUCCUUCCUGGAGGAGAAGCAGCACUGGCAGGAGCAGAUCAGCCAGCUCAAGAAACAGCUGGACUUCAGCACAAGCAUUUGCCAGACACUCAUGCAAGACCAGCAGACACUCUCUUACAUGCUCCAGACCAUGCUCGCCAGCCCCUACAGCAUGAUGCCAAAUAAUAUUGGAUCUCCACAGGUGCACCUCAUUAUGCACCAGCUCAACCACUGCUAUACGCAGUUGGCAUGGCAACAGAACAAUGUUCAAAGAUUGAAACAAGUGCUGAAUGAUCUACAGCGUCAGCAACAGUCUCAGCCAACACAGCAAAGCGCAAAUCAUGACUCCUCUGCUUGCACCACAUCUUCCAGUGUGUUCCCUUCUUUCAGUUUACCUACCUUUUUAAAUACCAUGAACAUGCCUGGGCCUGGCAACUUCUCUCCCCUUUCUUCUGGGUUUAACUUCAAUCCUGCGUUCCCCCCUGCUGCUGGAGAGCUUCAUCAGAACCCAGCAGCCCAGGCUCCCACGGAGCCGCAGCUGGAGGAGCGGGGCGCCCCUGCGAAGCCAGAGUGCAUGGGCUUCCCACAGCCCUUUGAGAGCUCUGCUGUCAGCGCGGCAGACAAAUGGACUCAGAAGACAGGGGAGGGUGCCAAACACCAGAGUGCUUGCUGGUUGGACCAUUCCCGCAACGGGAAAGCCGACCAGCUGCCCUCUGGCCUCACGGACAAAGGUGCUUCGGGCCAGAAGAGCAGCACGCAGCAGCCUCCCAGAAGCCUCGGCAGCAGGCGGUUUGAUGAGGAGUCAUUGGGGAGUUUAAGCAGCAUGCCUGACCCCUUGGAUCCCACCACUGUCACUAAAACCUUCAGAUCGAGGAAAGCCUCGGCUCAGGCGAGCCUCGCCUCCAGAGACAAAACGCCCAAGUCCAAGAACAAGAGGAAAAGGAGUAAAGGACACGGCAAGAAAGCAGGACUUGAAAGUGACAAUGUGUCCAGUGUCAGUGACUACGGCAAAGGCAAGGGUUCCCAAGCCAGGCAGACAGAACGACCCGAGAGGAUCUUGGAGAAGCUCACACAGGAGAAACUGGACAGCAAACUGAAGAUCAGCAAACCUAACGACCUCUCUUCUGCAUAUGCUUGGAGAACACCUUUCCUCUCUAAUAGAAUUGCAUGCACUGAAGUCCAAGAUGCCAGCAGUGAUUUUUCCCUCUUUGAAGCAUUGCGAGAGACCAUUUAUUCAGAAGUGGCCACUCUCAUAUCCCAAAAUGAAUCCCGACCACAUUUUCUCAUUGAGCUUUUCCAUGAACUUCAGCUGCUAAAUACUGAUUACUUACGGCAGAGAGCACUUUUUGCCUUACAGGACAUUGUGACCAGACACCUGACUGAGAAGGACACUGGCGAGGAGCAGCCCAUCUCUCUGAGCUCUGCAGCCUGGGCUGCCUCCAACUCAGAGCUCACUCCUAGUGAAAGUCUGGCCACCAGUGAUGCAGAUGUUUCUGACAAGAACAUUGGAAGUGCGCUUCACUUAAGCAAGAAAGGCAAUGAUGGUGACUCUGUAGAUAACGAGAGCACCCUGUCUACCUCUUCAAACCUUGACCCCUUCGCCAGUGAUGAUUUAGGAAACACUGUGAUACACUUAGAUAAAGCGCUGGCUAGGAUCAGGGAGUAUGAACGCAUGAAGUGUAAUGAGAAUGUUGCCAACGCUUCUGCCACUGACCCUGGUGCAGUGGGCCAGCUGCAAGGUCCUUCAGAUGGCCAGAGCAUUAUUGGACAGAUGUUUUCAGGUGUUCAUUGCCCACAGAUUGACACGCAAGAACUGGACAGGCAGAUUAAGGCCAUCAUGUCAGAGGUCCUGCCCUUCCUCCAGGAGCAUAUGGAUGACGUGUGCUCCUCCCAACUCCUGACCACCAUCAGACGUAUGGUGCUGAGGCUCACCCAGCAGAACGACGAGAGCAAGGAGUUCGUCAGGUUCUUCCACAAGCAGCUGGGCGGAAUUUUGCAAGAGUCUUUGACCAAAUUUGCUGGGAGAACACUGAAGGAGUGUGGAGAGGAUCUGCUUGUAGCAAUUUCUGAAACCCUCUUCAACGAGCUGGCAUUCUUCCGACUAAUGCAAGACUUCGAUAAUGGCAGUGCUGCUUUGAAGAAAAGAGGCAAAAAGAGAGCUGCUUCCCUCCCUCUAAAAGAGACGCAUAAUACACGGGAAAAGAACUCUCCAGAAGAUCAGUCAUUUUCUGCAGCUUUUCAUGAUGAAGACAAAGACAAAGAUGACACAGAAAAGGAGGCUGUCUGUAAUGGCCCUGAGAUGAAGGAGGGCCGGAGCUGCGAUGCCUCCGAGAGGGAGGAAGAGGAUGAUGAUGACGAGGGACUCCCUCUCUCAAUACGCCUGUCGAAAGCAGAGACCCAGGCUUUGACCAACUAUGGCAGUGGAGAGGAUGAGAAUGAAGAUGAGGAACUGGAUGAAUUUGAGGCAGGGCCUGUCGAUGUUCAGACCUCUCUUCAAGCCAGUUACGAAGCUGCCAGUGAGCAGGAGGAGGGAACAAAUGAAGUCCCAGAAGAAACUAGCCAGGACACCAAGUUGGAUCAAGAAGUGCUUGAAAGCUGUGAUGUGAAAAGCAGCAAGUGGGAAUCGGUCGAGGCGGUGGACUCCGCAGAGGAAAGGGAGGGCUGUGACCCGGGUGCAGCUGCUCCUGCCGCUACCGAGUGCAAAUCUGGCUCAGCGAAGCUUCAUGGUGCAGGAGAUGCCCUUCCACACAUGGCCUCCGGACCUGCUGCUGCUGCUUCACCCGUGAGCUCACUCACCUGUAGUCCUGACACAGACUCUCCUGUCAUGGUUAAUGAAGAUGAGGUUGGUUCUGGAAAUUUAAGCCAAAAGUCUGACGAAGAUGAUUUUGUCAAAGUGGAAGAUUUACCGUUGCAGCUUUCUGUGUUGUGCAAGGAGGAGCUCCAAAAAAGAGUAACAGAAGAACAAGAGAACAACAAUCUCUCAUCAGACGUUCUUAAUGGAAACGCAGAUGAACAAGGAGGCCUGCUGGAAAAUUCUCCAACACUAAAGGAACCAGAAACAAUCGGAGCUCAGAGUGCAUGAAAUGAAAUUACUUUGCUCAUAUAGUUGUGGUGAUGAUUAAAAUAAGUUGGCACUACGAACACUUAUUUCAGUGUUUCCACUAAAAAUGUACAAACCUUUGUAGAUAGUUACCUGCUUUCUAACAAGAUACUCUUUAGAAAAUGUGUUGAUUGAGCACUGCACAUUCAGUCAAGUUCUCUUAUCACACCUCACUUCUGACUGCCCUUGAGAGUCAGCCCCAAAGAUUCUGGUAACAUCGGAAGUUUAAAAAUUUUGUUAUUGGAGCACCUGUAAAAUCCGACAAUUAGAUGUGCAAUAUCUCAUAGGGCUAAUGAAAACUGUGACGAAAAGUCCUACACUCAUACCAUGUAAGGUUGUGUUUCAUUUUUGUUUAAUCUUACAUGAUUUGUUACUGCACAGUUUGUGGAAAAUUGCAAAGAGUUAAGAGUUUCUGAGAACAGAAUUAUAUUGGCGAACAAUAAGUAGAAUUUAAGGCAGCAGUGUGAAACCAUAUCAGACAUGGAAAAGAAGAGGACAGUGGAAGAGCUUUUAAAUUCUGGAGUCUUCUGUUUGGAGUUCCUGUGUGGGCUGAUGGAUCAAGCUGAUUAAAAUUCUGCAUUUGAGCCGUUUUGCGAUAAGCCUCAUUUUGCAACAUCAGCAAGCCCGUUUUCGUUAAGGGGCUUUAACUCACCCCCCAUUUUUUCACCAUUUCGGUGUUUGAAUUUGAUCAUUUCUAAGCAUGUUGUAAUUUUG